AUGUCGGAGAAUGACGAGCUCGCACAACACUCUGUGCAGGAUCAUACAGAGAAUGUCACCGCUGAGAACCCCGAAGGUCUUAGUAAAUCGGCAUUGAAAAAGCUUAAGAAACAGGAGAAGGCCGGUAAGAAAAACAAGAUGAGUAAAGAGGAAAAGCAGGCACUCUUUCAAGGCAAGAGUAAAGGUAAGAAGGAAACGAAGCCUGUCCCUGAGAAGAAGCAACCUUAUGUGAAUAAAACCCCUGUUGGUGAGAAGAAGGACAUGUCCGAGCCGAUGGCUGAUUCUUAUGACCCUGUGGCUGUAGAAUCUGCUUGGUAUGACUGGUGGCGUAAGCAAGGAUAUUUCCACGCUGAUGCUCAGAAGGCCAUGAACACUGUGGAUUCCCAGAAGUUCGUCAUGUGCGUACCUCCUCCUAAUGUCACUGGUACCCUUCAUCUUGGUCAUGCUUUGAUGGCAUGUAUCGAAGACAGUAUGACUAGGUGGCAUCGGAUGAUGGGUCAUCAGACGUUGUGGAUCCCCGGUACUGAUCAUGCCGGCAUCGCCACUCAGUCUGUUGUCGAGAAUCUGCUCUUGCGUGAUGAGGGUCUCUCUAGGCACGAUCUUGGCCGUGAGAAGUUCCUUGAGAAGGUAUGGGCUUGGAAAAACGAGAAGGGCAACACCAUCUGCAAACAGAUGGAGCGUUUAGCGAGUUCCUUGGACUGGGACCGCCAGUUUUUCACCAUGGAUGAUAACCUGUCCACUGCUGUCAAGGAGGCCUUCGUUCGGUUUUACGAUGAAGGCAAGAUCUAUCGUGACACCAGGCUGGUCAAUUGGUGUCCCUAUUUGCGCACUGCACUUAGUGAUCUUGAGGUCGAUCACAUCGACAUCGAUAAGAGGACCCUCCUCUCGAUCCCUGGCCUGUCUGAUGCUAAGGUAGAGGUUGGUGUUUUGGUGGAGUUCAAAUAUCCUCUCAAGGAGGACCCUACCAAGUUUGUUCAUAUCGCCACCACUCGUUUGGAGACCAUGCUGGGUGAUGUUGCUGUGGCUGUUAACCCUAAGGAUGAUCGUUUUACUUACCUUAUUGGCAAGGAGCUCGUCCACCCCUUCAUCCCCAAUAGGAAGAUGGUUGUCAUCGCUGAUGACUACGUCUCUAUGGACUUUGGUACUGGUUGUGUGAAGAUUACACCGGCCCAUGAUCCCAACGAUUUUGCUAUUGGUCGCCGACAUCACUUGCCAGAGAUUAACAUUCUGAACGAUGAUGGCACUAUGAACGAUAAUUGCGGUGAGUUCGCUGGCCAACAUCGUUUCGUCGCUCGUAGGACUGUCGAGGAACGGCUGAAGGAGCUUGGCCUUUUCGUUGGCAAGACCGACAACGCCAUGAAGGUCCCUCUGUGUUCUAAGUCCAAGGAUAUUGUGGAACCUGUGUUGAAGCCACAGUGGUGGAUGGACUGCAGUAAGGAGGCUGCUCGGGGGGUCCAAGCUGUGAAGGAGGGCAAGCUAAGGAUCGAGCCUAGCUAUUACGAGAGCACUUGGUUCAACUGGCUCGAAAACAUUCGUGACUGGUGUGUGUCUCGUCAGUUGUGGUGGGGCCACCGCAUUCCGGCCUAUAAGGUGGUCAAGCCGUGCUACACUGAGGAGCAGUGGUUCGUCGGGCGGGAUGAGGCUGAGGCAUUGGAGCGGGCCUCGGAGAAGCUCGGCAUCCCCGAGAGUGAUAUCGAGCUGGCUCAGGAUCCCGAUGUUUUGGACACCUGGUUCUCUAGUGGACUUCUUCCUAUGUCUGCACUUGGGUGGCCUGACAUGAAUACUGACGACAUGAAGGCAUUCUUCCCCAGCUCUGUCCUCGAGACUGGACACGAUAUCCUCUUCUUCUGGGUAGCACGUAUGGUGAUGAUGUCCUUGGCCCUCACUGACGAGCUCCCCUUCCACACUGUAUGUUUGCAUUCUAUGGUACGUGACGCUCAUGGGCGUAAGAUGUCCAAGUCCCUUGGUAAUGUGAUUGACCCUCUUGAGGUUAUGUCGGGUAUUGGCCUCCCUGAGCUACAGGAGAAGCUGAAGCAUGGUAACUUGCCUGAGAGGGAGAUCAAGAAGGCUAUGAAGGGCCAGGAGAAGGAUUUCCCUGAUGGAAUUCCUGAGUGUGGUUCUGAUGCUCUGAGAUUCGGCCUGCUGGCUUACACUGGCCAGGCUCGGAGUAUUAACCUCGACAUCAACAGAGUAGUAUCCUAUCGAUACUUCUGCAAUAAAUUGUGGAAUGUAAUGAAGUUUGCUCUGCCUAACUUCGGGGAGAGCUUCAAGUCCAGAGGUCUACCUCUCGAUGCUAAACUUGAGUGGGAGGACAAGUGGAUCCUUUCAAGGCUCUCGGAUGCUGCGGGUGCUGCGAACAAGGGUAUCAAGGAGUUCAACUUCAGUGAUGCCACUACUGCCACCUACAACUUCUGGCUAUACGAUUUCUGUGAUUACUAUCUUGAACUCGUCAAGAAGCGUUUCCGUGCUCUUGAGGGUGGUGACUCUGAGGAACUUCGGAUUGCUAGAGAGGUAUUGUACAUAUGUUUGGACCGUGGCCUGAGGCUUCUCCACCCUUUGCUGCCCUUCGUGACAGAGGAGCUCUAUCAAAGGAUUCCUGAUGGUAUUACGAAGGCCGAAUCCAUCGUUAUUGCUGAUUACCCUCAAGAAGUGAUGUCAUGGAGGAAUCUCGCUGUAGAAGAGGAGAUGGUGCUACUUCAGUCCACCACUUCCUCCUUGAGGUCCCAGGCUGCUUCGCUUGGCUUGCCUCCCAAGGCGAUGCCUCAUGCCUACAUCCGGGCAGCGGAUCCAGAGGCUCGACGUGUUCUGCCCAAGAUCGCUGAUCAUAUAGCGACUAUGGCCAAGCUCUCUUCCCUCAAUGUCAUUGAUGAUGCUGGUGCGGUUCCCACAGGAACCAUCGCGAACGUCGUGUCGGAACAUGUGACCACUUACAUGGAAGUAGCCGGGCUUGUCGAUCUCGGUGCUGAGUUGAAGAAGCUCGAGAAGAAGAUGGGCAUAACCCAGCACAACCUGCAGACUUACGUUUCUAAGAGAGAGGUACCAGACUAUGAGGAGAAGGUGCCCCCACAGGUUCGUCAUGCCAACGCUGCUAAGGAGGAGUCUUACAGGGCUGAGCUUACUGAGCAGAAGAAGGUCAUUGCUCAGAUUAAAGCGGCCAUGGAGACCACUGCGUAGAUGAACUAUUGCUAACGUUACUGUAGAGAAAUUAUCUCUGUCAAUUCUCUUCCUUUAUCAUCAGCAAUUCUGGAUGUAUUGGUAGCAGCAGGGGCUUUGUUUCUAUUGCGUAUAGAGGUGCUGCUUCGCUUUGCCCGAGUAGUGGCUG